AAUUUUUAAAAAGAUGAAGAAUAACUGGAUUACAAUAUAUGACAAUACAUCUGAAGCAAGAAUUGUCUACAGUUCUGAAAGUAUUACGGAUCACACAGGUUGGGAACCAGAAGAGCUUAUUGGAAGAGAAGCAUACGAUCUAUUUCAUCCUGGGGAUCAUAAAAGCCUGCGAAAAGUACAUCUCGCUAAUGUCUAUAACGAAAAGAUGUCGUGUAUGGUCACUUAUCGAUUUUUACAUAAAAACGGCCAUUAUAUCACGAUAGAGACCAUUAUACACUGCUGCCAUGAUGUCUUGGUAGGUUCUAAUUAUCUGUAUGACGAAAAUGCUCUAGACCAUAAGAUGCGAGCCAACUCAGUAGACGAAAUAUUCAUAUGCCUACCGAAUGGCACACUUCAACUGACAGGUGCUUGGAAUGACAGGCAAGAACGUAUGGAAAAGACACUCUCGAUGGAAAAGGUCUGGGUAGACCAUCAUAUCAUUUUAAAGCAGGAACGACGUUUUUGUCUGAUCUUGAAUCGAUUUACAGAAGCCUUAAAUAUUGUGUAUGUGUCUAAUCUGGCUACUGAGCUAGUGGCACUCAAUAUUCCCUUAGCCAUUGGUACUUCUUUUUUUCAGUAUGUGCCCGAACGUGAUUUUCAUUCAAUGCAGGCUCAGAUUGAUAUGGCAAAAGAGCAUGAUAUGGUGAUCAGAAUACGGUUUGAUUGGGUCAUUGAUCGUGAAAAGGGUCUUUCUGAACCCGUAGAGGCCAUUGUCAGUAGUACAGAUGAUGGUCUAGUGAUGGUAUUUCGACUGUCACCAAGAUUAUUUUUGGAUGAGCAAUAAUAAAAAGAGAUGAUCCAGCAUCUUUAUUAUUAAAAUAUUUAUUUUA